AUGUUGGCUUCGAACGACUUACCAUUUCUUCUAGUCGAUACAUUGAUUCCACUGUGUGCCAAUGUAUUCACAGACUCCAAAAUCGCUCAGAAAAUGACCUUGGGACGAACUAAAGCUAUGUCAAUUGUAAAAAAUAUUUUAAGUGAAGCAUUUUCAGAUGAAAUUGUAAAUUUACUGUGUGCCCAAGGACUUUAUUAUUCAAUAAUUAUGGAUGAAACUACCAAUAAAAGUUCAGAAAAGCCUCUUUUGCACAUUUUAAAGCCGGAAGUCGAAAAAUUGGUGAAACAAAUCAGUGCUAAUUAUAUGAAAAUUGAUUAUAUCCGAUCUUGUAAAGAAAUUCUAAAAGCUGAUUUUACAAAUUUAGAUAAUUUUAUCGAUAUCAAGAAUAUAUAUUUAGGAAUACAGGCUGAUAAAAGUUUGAAAGAGAUUAAAGAAAAUUCAAAUAUACCUGAUUCAUCUAUCGUAGAUUUUUUGAGAACUUGCCGCGCAUUUUAUAUAGAACUUGUUACGGAUAUUGUAGUUAGAUUUGAUUUUAGCGAUCCUAUAUUUGAUAUAAUAAAGAUAGUUAAUCCAAAAGUGGCUCAAAAAUUUGAAGUAAAAUCAUUAAAUGAUGUUUUUGUUCGAUUUCCGAUUUUAUGUAAUAAUGUUGACCAACAACAAGCGGAU